AGGCUGGUUACUUUUGACCGUGCUACUUGUGCCAUGAAAAAAUUGAUCCCAAUUGGCAGUUAUUUGGUUUUUAUAUCUGUCAGGCACCUUUUUUGAACUGUGGUCAUCAGUAGAAGGCAUCUGGUCUGGAAGGGCCCAUCCAUCCCUGUAGUUGGACGAGGGACCAGGGAAACUGUCUCCGGCGAUCUAAAUAGGAGGGAAUGUUGACAAGGGAGCACCGCUGGGGCUGAACAGAGGAGCAGGAACUGGAGCUCAGGCUGAGUCUGAAAACUGUUGGCUCCAGACUUUGGCUCGCGGACGGUUGGAAGUGGGAGAUGGAGAUGCCAGAGGAACCCGCCAACAGUGGGCAUUCACUACCCCCGGUUUAUAUUUACAGUCCCGAGUAUGUCAGCAUCUGCGACUCCCUUGUGAAGGUCCCCAAACGGGCCAGUAUGGUCCACUCUCUGAUCGAAGCCUAUGCCCUGCAUAAACAAAUGAGGAUAGUGAAGCCCAAAGUGGCCUCCAUGGAGGAGAUGGCCACCUUCCACACUGAUGCCUAUCUGCAACAUCUCCAGAAAGUCAGCCAAGAAGGUGAUGAGGACCAUCCAGACUCCAUAGAAUAUGGACUAGGUUAUGACUGCCCAGCCACAGAAGGGAUAUUUGACUAUGCAGCAGCUAUAGGAGGAGGUACAAUCACAGCUGCCCAGUGCCUGAUUGACGGGAAGUGUAAAGUAGCCAUCAACUGGUCUGGAGGGUGGCAUCAUGCAAAGAAAGAUGAAGCAUCUGGUUUCUGUUAUCUCAAUGAUGCUGUCCUGGGAAUAUUACGAUUGCGACGGAAAUUUGACCGUAUUCUCUACGUGGAUUUGGAUCUACACCAUGGAGAUGGUGUAGAAGAUGCCUUCAGUUUUACAUCGAAGGUUAUGACUGUGUCCCUGCACAAGUUCUCCCCAGGAUUUUUCCCAGGAACAGGUGACAUGUCUGAUGUUGGCCUGGGGAAAGGACGGUACUACAGUGUCAAUGUGCCCAUUCAGGAUGGCAUCCAGGAUGAGAAGUACUAUCACAUCUGUGAAAGUGUACUAAAAGAAGUGUACCAGGCCUUCAAUCCGAAGGCAGUGGUUUUACAGCUGGGAGCAGAUACUAUUGCCGGAGAUCCAAUGUGUUCCUUUAAUAUGACACCAGUGGGGAUCGGCAAGUGUCUGAAGUAUGUCCUACAGUGGCAGCUGGCAACUCUGAUUUUAGGAGGAGGAGGCUAUAACCUUGCCAACACGGCUCGUUGCUGGACAUACUUGACCGGGGUCAUCCUAGGGAAAACGCUAUCCUCUGAGAUCCCAGAUCAUGAGGUUCUAUAAAAAGAGAUGUUGCAGCACUGGUUUGAAAAAGCAAGGCUUUUCAUCUUCCUUUGUUCAGCCAACAACAGCACAGUAGGGUGACUUCAGUUCACAACAAUUUAUUAUAUAUUUAUAAAGAACCACAAGAGAGGAAUUGGAAUGCUCUCACUACAAAGAAAUGAUGAAUGUUGAAGGAGCCAGAAAUGCUAAUUACCCUGAUUUUAUCAUUACACAUUGUGUACAUGUAUCAGAUUGUAAUACUACUGUGUCUGUAAAUAUAUACUGCUAUUAUCUGUCAAUUAACAUUUUAAAUUAACAUCUAAAAAAUAUAUGUAAACAGUAAUCAAAGGAUGUGUUAAUGUCUAUUCCUUUAAAAACACAACAAUUUUUUUACCAUAUAAUCUAGCAAUUACAUUCCUGGGCAUUGUUCCCAGAGAAAUGAAAACCUACAUCCACAUAAACUAUAAAUAAAUGUGUAACUUUAAUAGCCCAAAUUGGAAGUAACCCAAAAGUCUUGUAAUUUAUAAAUGGUUAAAAAGAGUAUGAUCCAUCUAUGCUAUGGAAUACUAUUCAGCAAUAAAACCCAAUGAACUAUUGAUGUGUGGAAUAACUUGGAUGGGCCUAAACGGAGUUACACUGAUCAAAAAUAGCUACUCUCAGGAGAUCUGGCCUUAAAUUGUACUACAGAGCUUUACUAACAAGUGCAGCGUGGCAUUAGCACAAAAGCAGAAACCUAGAGCAACAGAAUAAAAUUGAGGACCCCAAAAUAACCUCACACAACUACAGCCACCUAAUCUUUGGCAAACUGUCAAAAAACAUGCACUGGGGUGGGGGGAGAAAAGAAAAAGCCUCUUUAAUAAGUAGUAUUUGGAAAACUCGAUAUCUACAUGUAGAAGAAGGAAAUUAGAUCCACAUCUCUCAUCUUAUAUAAAAAUCAAUUAGAAAUGAGCCAAAAACCUUAUUGAUAAACCUGAAACUCUUAAACUACCAGAGGAAAACAAAGGUAAAACAUUUCAAAUUAUUGGCAUAGGCAAGAAUUUAACCAAAGGACUCCAAUAGCACAAGAAAGAGCCCCAAAAUUGACUAAUAGGAUUAUAUGAAAUUUUAUAUGAAAUCAUGAAGCUUCUACAUAAUAAAAUAAUAAUCACCAGAGUGAAAAGACAGUCUGUGAGGUGAGAGAAAAACCUUCCCCAAUUACACACCCGACAGGGACUUAAUAGCUACACUCUAUAGUGAGCUCUAAAAUUUAAACUUAGAAAAGCAACCACAAAUAAUCCAGCCAAUAAAUGUGUUGUCUCAAAAGAAGUGCAGAACUAGAGAGAUAGCUCAGUUGAUAAAGGACUUGCCAUGUAAACUCGGGGACCCAGGUUUUAUCCUCAGUGCCCACAUAAAAAGCCAAGUAUUAUGGCAUAUGUGUGUACUUCCAGCACUGCAGACCACUGGGGCUCACUCACAAGCCAUCCUAACCAAAUCAAUGAGUCCAAGGCCCAGUGAGGCUGUCUCAGAAAUACAGAAUGAGAGCUACAAAGGAAAGAUACCCAAGGUUGACCCCUGGGCUACACUCCACACCCCAACACAUGAAUCUCUACAUAUACACCAAAAAAUUGCAAAUGUCUAAUAUGGUUUUUGAAAUUGUUUAAUGUCUUUAGCCAGCAGGAAAAUGCAAAUUGAAACAUUUCACGAUUCCAUCUCACUCCAUGCAGAAUGGCUCUCCCUUAAGAAAACCAGUAAGAAGAAGUGCUGGUUAGAAUGUGAGUGAUGGGAAUGGUUAAAUGCUGCAGUCAAUACAGAAGUCAGUAUAGAGGUUCCUUUUAAAAAUCAGAAAUGCAACUACUAUUGGGCCUAGAUAGAUAGACCACCCCUAUAUGUAAAGCAAAGGACCCCAGAUCAACAUGCCACAAUGAUACUUGUACACCCAUGUUCAUAGCAAAGGACCCCAGAUCAACAUGCCACAAUGAUACUUGUACACCCAUGUUCAUAGCUGGUCUGUUCACAAUAGCUAAUAUUUCCAUUGAUAGAUGACUAUAGAAAAUGUGGCAUAUGUACAUAAAAAAUUGUAUUCAGCUGUAAAAGAGAAUGAAAUGAUAAUACUGGCAGAAAAGAGAAUGGAACUGGUAACCUUUAUGUUAAAUGAAAUAAGCCAAACUCAAAUAUGCAUUAUAUUUAUAAUAUAUAUACAUUUUUCUCUCUUGCAUAAUGUAAAUUUGUGUGAAUGUGCAUAUGUGUAUAUGCAUGUAUAUGCAUAUAUGUAGGACAUGGGAAAAGGGAACUGUAGAGGAGAGCGAGGUCUAAAGGGAGUGGGGAAAAGAAAAUAAAAGAUAUUUUAAUGGAAUAUAUCUGAUAUGAAAACAGAAGGAGGGGCUACUUGGAGGAGGAAGAGACGAGCAGAAGGGCGCAUGGCAGCAAGGACACUGAAAACAAAGGAUAAUGAUCUAUAUGUGUAGAAAUGUCACACUAAAACCCACUAAUUUAUAUACUAAUUAAAUAUGAUAAAAUAAGAAUGUUAUAUACUGCCCAGUUCUAUUUAUAUCAUGUCUAAAUAGUAAAAAAGAUCAUAGAAAUGAAGAUGAUUUUCAUGGAUGAGAGAUGAAACGAUAGCAGAGAAUGUGUCACCUGUGGUAAACAGUACAGCAAAGACUUCUGCGGGAAUGGAUGGAUUCUAUAUUCUGUGAUGAUGGUUAAACCAGUCUAUACACAGGAUAGGAUUACAGGGGAGUAAAUGUGCUGUUUUACUUGAAUCUUCCUAUGUCAUUAUAUUUAAACAUUUUGGGGAGUGGGGUGGGGGUAGGAAUAGAAUCAGUGGCCUCAGACUGAGAUGUCAUUAUAUUUUAACUGAGUUGUUUUAUUUCUGAAUAUAAUUGGGCCAUGGUAACUGCCAAUCUUUAUUCUUUAGUUUAAACAUUUGGAACAUUUCUUUAGAGUUGUGGGGAUGAAUUUUUUUAAUUUUAUAUGUGUGUGUGUGUAGGACAACUUUGUGGAGUUGGUUCUCUCCUUUCACUGUUGUAUGAGUUCCAGAGAUAGAAUUUAUGUCACCAGGCUUACAUGACAAGCAUAUUUAUGCACUGAGCCACCUUUCUAGCCGGAAAUUUGUUUGAUAUAGAACUGUAAGUCCCCAGUUGCUUGUUGUUGCUGUACAUGGGCGCGCACACACACAUUUUUCUUUGGUUGUUUUUUGUUGUUUUUUUUUUUUUUUGACAGAGUUUCUCUAUGUAGUUCUGGUUGUCCUGAAACUCAUUUUGUAGACCAGGCUGGCAUCAAACUCAAGAGAGCUGCCUGCCUCUGCUAGAAUUAAAGGCAUGUGCUAUAAUACCUGGUAUGCUUGACUGCUGUUUUGUAGACUAUUUUAUACAUUAUUUUUAUUCAAAAAGUUAAUGUUUCAAGACAAAUAAACACAAAUCAGAAAACAGUACAAUAGGAAUUAUUAUUAUUAUUAUUAUUAUUAUUAUAGUGUAGCUGUUGACACAUCAGGGCUUAACUCUGCCAUUUUAGUUUGUUUUUGUUGUUAUUGUUUUGUUUUGUUUCUCCCUCCUGCCUUCAUGUUGUUUUGGAUUUUUUGUGUUGGCAGUCUUAUUUCUUAAAAAAUCAACCUCUCUCUUCUUGUAUCUAUAGCUUUCGAUGAAAAAUCCCGUCACUCAAGCUAUUAUUCCUAUAAGAGUAGCGUGUGGUUUUUCUCUAACUGCUUUCAAAAUGUUUUCCAUUAUAUGGUUCUUGUUGUUGUUUUGUUUUGUUGUCUUUGGAGACUGGAUCUCUCUGCGUAGCCCUGGCUGUCCUAGGAUUCUCUGUAGACCAGGCUGGCCUCAGAUCCACCUGCUUCUGCCUUCUAAGUGCUGGGGCUAAAGGUAUGCACCACCACCACCCAAUAUUAUGUUUUUAUACUAUUCCCUUCUUUCUCUGUGGGACUCUAAUGGUCCUGUCCCACUAAACUGAAACUUCCCCCCAGUUUAUUUUCUCUGUUGUUCAGACUGCAUACUAUUUUGCUUUCAAGUUCACAAUUUUUUUUCUUUUUCAUCCCAAUUACCGUAUUUGGUUUACCUAGUAUGUUUAUUUAGGUUAUUGUAUUUUCAGUUCUAAACUGUCCAUACAUUUAUUACUUUCUUUUAUUACUAAAUUUUCUCUAUUUUUGCUUUGUUUCUAGUGUAUUUAUCAAUGCUAACUGGAAUAUGUUUAUGAAAUAAUUGUGUCAUGUUCAUUACCUUGGUGUUGCCAUUUUCACUGAGAUUGACAAUGUCCUGAUUAUCUAAGUGUUCAACCUCAUCAUUCACAUAUAUAUAUAUAUAUAUGUGUGUGUGUGUGUGUGUGUGUGUGUGUGUGUAUAUAUAUAUAUAUAUAUAUAUGUAUAUAUAUAUAUAUGUAACAACUAUGGCAACACUGAGCUCUGUACUGUACUAGAUGGCAACUUUCUGCUUGGGCUCAGUCACUCACUACACCAAGCACUGUCAGCACUUAGGAGAUUAGCAAACAGACUGUGAGUUUAUGGCUAACCUGGGCUUAUACCGAGAACUCUGGGUUGCUCUAAGCUACAUGAGUGAGGCCUUGUCUGUAAACAAGCAAAGAAACAAAAAAAAUGCAUUAGUAAAAUUCUUUUCAACCAAGUACCUGUUGCAUCUUGUGCCUCAAUACUGCUUCUUGGGUACCCAAUGAGUGCCUAAUUGAGAAACGGAACAUGGUGCUAUACCAGACGCUUUAGGAAUUCAGCCAAAAAUGGUCAACAUCCUUAAUCAUCAGGGAAAUGCAAAUCAAAACAACCCUGAGAUUCCACCUCACACCAGUCAGAAUGGCUAAGCUCAAAAAUUCAGGUGACAGCAGAUGCUGGCGUGGAUGUGGAGAAAGAGGAACACUCCUCCAUUGUUGGUGGGAUUGCAGGCUUGUACAACCACUCUGGAAAUCAGUCUGGCGGUUCCUCAGAAAAUUGGACAUAGUACUACCGGAGGAUCCCGCAAUACCUCUCCUGGGCAUAUAUACAGAAGAUGUUCCAACCAGUAAGAAGGACAUAGAAGCCUUAUUUAUAAUAGCCAUAAGCUGGAAAGAACCCAGAUGCCCCUCAACAGAGGAAUGGAUACAGAAAAUGUGGUACAUCUACACAAUGGAGUACUACUCAGCUAUUAAAAAGAAUGAAUUUAUGAAAUUCCUAGGCAGAUGGAUGGACCUGGACGGCAUCAUCCUGAGUGAGGUAACCCAAUCACAAAAGAACUCACACAAUAUGUACUCACUGAUAAGUGGAUAUUAGCCCAGAAACUUAGGAUAUCCAAGAUAUAAGAUACAAUUUGUUAAAUGCAUGAAACUCAAGAAGAACGAAGACCAAAGUGUGGACACUUUGCCCCUUCUUAGAAUUGGAAACAAAACACCCAUGGGAGGAAUUACAGAGACAAAGUUUGGAGCUGUGACAAAAGGAUGGACCAUCUAGAGACUGCCAUAUCCAGGGAUCCAUCCCAUAAUCAGCUUCCAAACGCUGACACCAUUGCAUACACUAGCAAGAUUUUGCUGAAAGGACCCAGAUAGAGCUGUCUCUUGUGAGGCUAUGCCGGGGCCUAGCAAACACAGAAGUGGAGGCUAUUGGAUGGAUCACAGGGCCCCCAAUGGAGGAGCUAGAGAAAGUACCCAAGGAGCUAAAGGGAUCUGCAAUCCUAUAGGUGGAACAACAAUAUGAACUAACCAGUACCCCCCUGGAGUCGUAUCUCUAGCUGCAUAUGAAUCAGAAAAUGGCCUAGUUGGCCAUCAGUGGAAAGAGAGGCCCAUUAGUCAUGCAAACUUUAUUUGCCUCAGUACAGGGGAACGACAGGGCCAAGAAGUGGGAGUGGGUGGGUAGGGGAGUGGGAGGAGAGCAUGUGGGGGACUUUGGGAUAGCAUUGGAAAUGUAAAUGAAAUAAAUACCCAAUUAAAAAAAAAGGAAGUCAGCCAAACUCCCUCAGUAGUUUAAACUGAUAGCUCGUGGACUAAAACAUUAAAACCAUAUCUAAAUGAAAUAUUAUCCCCUUAUAUAAAUAAAGAUAGCUAUAAAGAAAGACAAAUGCUACAACAUGAAUAUUUGAAUUUUACAUUUUAUCAAGUAUGCAGGGAGUUAUUCUAUUACUGAAAUACUUUAUAUAGGUAGGAUUUACAAAAUGUCGAUGAAAAAGUGUUUAACAUUAAGUUUUUAAGUUUCUCUCUCUCUCUCUCUCUCUGUGUGUGUGUGUGUGUGUGUGUGUGUGAAUUGGAGGGUGUGUGCUAUAGCAUGCCUGUAGUAGUAAAAGGACAACUCUGUGGGACUGAUUCUUUCCUUCUACCUUCAGUAGUUCCAGGGAUCAAACUACAGUCACAAGGCUUGCUCUAGAAUGGCUUUUACUGCCUUAGCCACUUUGACAUUCUUUAAACACCCAUUAUUUCUGUAUAUGCUAGGUCUUUCACAUAUAUUCAUGCAUGUCUCAUAGCAACCCUGGUAGGUAGGCAUUAUCCCUCUUUUACUGACAAAAAAAAAAAGUUACUUGCCAAAGAUCAGCCACAAUUGAAGCCCAAAGCUGCCACAUUUCUUGGCUUAUCUGUUCUCUUCUUUCAGUAAUAGAACUUGGGAUUUUAGUGUGAAGAAUACAUGGCAGAAAGGCGAACCUUGGCAGAGCAUGUCCUAGGGGUCAGACAGUGGGCAUCACUUUGCAGUUCUUGAGGCAUUCUUUAGUCCAGCCUCUCAAAAAUCCUAGGAGAAGAAAUAGAAAGUUCGUUGUCCAUCUAGUCUGUGUCCGAUGUUACACGGGAGCUUAUAUAAAUUGCCUCUCCUGUCUCCUCACAGCCCAGUGAAAUAUGUUAUCCAGACAACAUGAAGAAGCUGAUAUGAGCCUUCAGCACGCUUGCCUGCUACUUCAGGAAGCUAUACAGGACACUUUCCUUAUCAGCAUUUUAUGGAACAUGCAUUCCAUAAAACAUGAUGGGUUGGUUAUUUUUAAGGUAUGGACUAGAAACACAAAGGUCUUUCCAUGUUUUUGUCUUUUGGGUUGUCCUGGAUGGCUUUUCCUACCAGUUAUGGUACAAUUUUAGAGCAUCCAGGAAUUUCCUAAAGCACAUCAAUGGAAUCUUGGUUUAAAAUUAGCAGAAACCUGCUUGGAAGAACAUAAGUAAGUCUCAGUAAACAAUAAUGCUUGCUGAUACUUCAUCCCAGAGAACCCUGAUACCUCUCACUGACCAUUCUAUUCUUUUUUUGCAAAGUAUAUGGUCAUCAUAUUUCUUUUUUGUUUUGUUUUGUUUUUUCUGGCUAGUACGAUUGGUAUUUCUGGGGAUAUAAUGCCGAACAUCCUUGGCAUCUAAGCACUAGAGGCCAGGAGCACAAUCUGCUUUUUUCCUUUCCAAUUUGACAACUGAGAAUAUCUCCAGCCAUUGCCAGGUGUUUAGGGGCUGAGCACAGUUGCCCUCUGCUGAGAACCACUGGCUUAUAGUAAUUAGAAUUAUCAUUCUUGAGUUACUCACAAGCAUAAAGGCCUAAAUAGCAGACUUUCUUAAACUGUCUUUUUCUUGGUUGACUUAAGUCUUCCAUAAAACCUGUUCAGCUGUACUGAGCAUGGUCAGAAACAUCACAGCCAUUAAACUGCUGUAAAGUUUUGUUACCUAAAACAACAAAGGAAACUGAAUAUAGCUUGCCUGCCGUACUCAACUGAUUGACUUCAAACGUCAUUCAGUCACUCAGGGAACACUGACAAGUCCUGAGGCAACACUGAUAAACAGUGUAGGCAUGGAACUAACAUUGAGGAAGUUGAAAAUCCAGUGAGAAAAGCAUGCUAAAGAGCACGUAAAAAGGAAGUGAAAGAAAGUCUAGGUACCAGCAAGGUGACUCACCAGGUAAAGCACUUGCUCUCAUGCCUGACUAUCUAAAUUCAGCCCCAGGAACACACAUGGUAGAAGGGCAGUUCCACAUCUAACACUGCCCCCUCAACACACACACACAUACACACACAUCACACCACCACACACCACACCACCACCACCACCUCCACCACCACCAGCAGCAGCAAUGCCAGCACCACCAUAGCAAUGAGACUAGUAACUAAUAUAGCAGCCAUGCCCACAGAUUCUGAGGCUAGAAAGAGCUUGGCAUAUUCUUGAUACUAAAAGCAGACCACUGUGGCUGGGUCUGGCAGGUGGGGCAGUAGACGCAUGAGACGGAGUAAAUAACAAACCAGAUCCUGUGGCGUCUGUAGGCCAUGACAAAGCAUUGGAUCUCAUUCUUAAUUGAAAGUCGAAGUUGAACAUUAAAGUUGAAGGCUUUUCACAGGAUUAGUAGAUGAUUUUUUUUGAGAUUAUAACAUAAUUAUAUCAUUUCUCCCUUCCCUUUUCUCCCUCCAAACUCUUCCAUAUAACCUUCCUUUCCCUCUUUUAAAUUCUACUUGAUUUCAUAUACCUGUUUAAACCACUUGUUGUUUGGAGUGGGUGGGGCUGCCAAAGCAAAAGAAUGGGAGUGUGGAGACCAGGUGGGAGGUUGGUGCCAGUUGAUAAAAAUGUUAACAGUGAAGAUGAGAUAAAUGAUACUGUUUGGUUAUAGAAUUCACAUAUAUGCUGCUGAAAGAAACACUAGGUUACUAAAAGGGAAAGAGAUAUUCCUUCCUUGGCCCAAUGAACCACAAUCAUGAAUACCUAACUAGUUAUUCAGCUAAACAGGAAGCCAUUUAGUUCAACAGAUUGAUUAAGCACCACCUAUAUACAGGGCCUGUGGUACAUGCUGAUACAGAGGAGUAAAAGACCCAUCAUUGGCUAGCAGCCUGUUAGGAAAGACAAACUUAUAAACAGACAGCUUCAGUUGGCUGUGUUAAAUGCUCAGAAGCAUGCACGGAGUCUAUAAAGUCACAGAAGAGAGCCAAUUAGUCUGACUUGAGCUGGAGAGUGGGUUAGAGGUCAGGAAAGAUGUUGUAAACAUGAUGUCUGGGCUGAAGCCUGAAAUGAGUAUUAGCCAGGAAAAUGUGUGAAAACCAAGGAAGGAGAGGAAGCAGCGAUCGAAAGGCUCAGAGCUGUGAAGCAUGAUGAUGCAUUUCAAAAAUGAUAAACACAGAUUUGAAGACAGAAAGGAGUAGGACAUAAGUGGAAGGACAUGAGAUUGGCAACAGCUGACAGUUACUAGCACUCAGAUGUCAGGCACCAUGCUGGGUGUCUUACGUGGAUAACUUAAUCCUCACAAUUACAAGCCCAAUAGGAAACGGACACAGGGAUACUGGAUACUUUUCUCAGAGUGUCUGUCACACUAUUGAAGAUUCAGUCUAAGCAAUUCGGCUCUGAGCCACAGGAAAUCUCAAAUGUCAUCUUAAAGAACGGAGACUAUACCUGUUAGCAAGGCUGAGUCAUGGAAGGGCAGUGACGUGGUCAGAUCUGUGUUUCAGUGAGAUGACUCAGGAUGAUUUAAAGAGGCCCCGCUGGCUGCAGACAGUUGUAAUAUAUCAGGGAAGUGGGGGAAAGAACUUGAAGUACGGAUGGAGAUGAGGAAAAGGUUUAAGAAAUGUUUAGGAGGUUGCAUUAGCUCAACGUGGUGAUUAAUUGGAUUCUGGGGGCAAGGGAGAAGGAGAAAUCUGGACUGUCACCAUGUUUUCUGGUUUGGAUAACUGCAUAAUGAAUACAAGGAAGAGCACUUAAAAGCAAAGCAUUUUUUAUGCCAAGUACUAGUGCCAGUAAGACGCCCAAAGGAAGCCAUUCAAGAUGGGCCGUGACUGGCUGUAGGUCUCAAUGGUAAGAGCACAUGAAAGGGACAGUCAUUAGAGUGAACAUGAUUAUCUAUGGAAACUGAAAAAGGGCAACCAUAGGGCCAAUGGGAAAAUUAUAGAGAGUUUCAUUAAGGAACCAUUACAAACUCACAAGGGAAGUUUUUAAAAUUAGAAUCACAAAGAGAAACCACAUAUCACAGUGAUAAAAUCAUAACUGUUACCCAACCUGUAUGAGUUUUUAUGCUAUGGGCUCUGCCACUUAGCAGCCAUAGGACAAGAUACAGUGCCUCAGUUGCUUGAGGAUUAAAUGUAAAUCCAAUGUAUGUAAAGUGUUGCAUAUAGUACCUGAUAAACAAUAAAUUUAGGAACUGACAAAAAAAUUGCAGAGGCAGUUGAGCAGAACCAAAUGAGACAGUCAGAAGCCUGGAGUGUGCACCUCAAGUUGUAUCCAUAAGUGGCUGUAGUUUUCUUUAUUGAGACAGAAGAAUUGGAAGGCUAUGCUGUGAGGAGGCCGCAGAGCGCUGGUAGGAACCAAGCUUGAACUCAGAGAAAGCACAGGGUUGGGGGAGGCACACUGGGAAAUCCGGCACAUCAGAAUUCUGAUAGUAAUCAGUUCUGUGGCUCUAGGCGAGCUCCUCGAAUGCUACAGCCACUUAUGGAUACAACUUGAGGUGCACGCUCCAGCCUCCUUGAAUGCUGCAAGCCUCUGUUUCCUCAUCUUCGAAGGAAGUAGGGUCGAAGGGGCUGAAGAACAGCCCCCACAUGGUCACACUUCAGGAACUCUUGGUCCCCUUUCCUCCCACUUGGCACUUACUUUUCUGGGGACACUGAAAUAAAUGCCAGUUCACUUCCUUUCUUGAACAGAUGAAGCAAGAUCACAAAAAUAGAGGUUACAGAGUAAGGUAACUAGAUGAGUUCCCUUUCCCAUUGCCAGUAGUGGUGCUAUGGACACUGUGACAGCAAUGGCUGACAGGAAAGAGGGAAGGUUUCGCUGGUGUGCUAGUCACACCUCAGCUUUUUGUGUCUAGUGCUGCAGAAAAGUAGCAGGAACUAGGGAAAACAGCAGACACUUGAGCUUCUGUUUUUCUAGUUGAUAUACCAGGACUGUGGUGAUGUUCAAGAGAAAGUGCCUGUCUUAAGGAAAAUGACGUCUACAGGCUCAUUAUAUGAAUGAAGUAAGAGGUGUUUAAGGUGACUGAGAGGAGUAGAAAGACUUUAAGACUUCAUGAUUCCAGAGAAAGAGGUGAGGUCCAGAGCUCACUUAAGGGUCUGUUACAACCUGUUCGCUAAAGUCAGGAGGAUGAAGGGAUCCUAAGCCAGGGAUGGUUUCUAGCUGAAUGAAAAGUCAUCAGCGUCUCCAACUGCAAUCUAUAUGGAUUUCCUUGACUUUUAUAAACUGACUGUUCCUUAGGAUGUUCCCCCAGAAUGAGUGCAUGCUUGCUUUCAUUGUCAGAGCUUAACUCCUUCCUAGAGAAGCUGCUUUCCCCAUUCCAGUUCCCAUUCGUGCCCCAUGUGAUAGUCUGUAUAUGAGUGGCAGGAUUAGAAGGUAUGUGGCCCUGUUGGAGUGGGUGUGUCACUGUGGUUUGUGGGCUCUAAGACCCCCAUCCUAGCUGCCUAGAAGCCAGUAUUCUGCUAGCAGCCUUCAGAUGAAGAUGUAGAACUCUCAGCUCCUCCUGCCUGGAUGCUGCCAUGUUCCUGCCGGUAUGAUAAUGGACUGAACCUCUGAACCUGUAAGCCAGCCCCAAUUAAAUGCUGUCCUUAUAAGAGUUGUCUUGGCCGUGGUGUCUGCUCACAGCAGUAAAACCCUAACUAAGACAGAAGUUGCUACCAGGGACUGGGGUAUUGCUGUGAUAGGCCUAACCAUGCCUUUCUUUGGAAGAAUGUGGAGUUUGUGACUUUGGAUUUGGAAAGCAGUGGAAUGCUUAAGUGGGGCUUAAUGGGCUAUCCUAGUAAUAAUAUGGAAGACUUUGUUACUGAGAGUGAUUUGAAUUGUGCAGACCUGGCCCAAGAGGUUUCAGUGGAGAAUUUUCAUGUGGCCUAGAAACUGUUUUGUGGUAUUUUGGUGAAGAGCAUGGCUACUUUUUGCCCUGGUCUGAAGAGUCUGCCUGAAGUGAAGGUGAAGAGACUCAGAUUAAUUGCAUUGACAAAGGAAGUCUCAGAAACACCCAUCAUAGACUUUGUUCUCUGGUUAAGUCUCAUGAAGAACAUUUUAAACAAGCAUAGCAAGCUAAAAAAGGAAAUAUAUAAAAUAUAUAGUUCAAAUAUUAAAGGGGCACCAGGAAAUGAAAUGAAGCUGAAUUCUGUGUUCAAGGAUAUUAAAUUGAAUUAAGGGAGUAGUGACCUUGGGGUAAGAUCCCACCCAACUAAGUUUAGAUCCAGGCAUGAUGAUAUACACAUUUAAUCCCGGGAGGCAAAGAGAAGCUGAUCUCUGAGUUCAAGUCCAGCCUAGAACAGAACAAGUUCUAGGUGAAGAAAAACUUAAAUCCAGGCUGGGUGGACCACACCUUUAAUCCCAGUGCUUAUGAGACAGGCAUGCAGAUCUCUGAGUUCAAAGUCAGUCUAAGGAGGAAGUUCCAGGACAGCCAAGCAAUUGAGGGAGUUGGAAAACAGAAAGCUGACAAUAAGGGGGAUCAUGUUCCAGCCACAGCAAACAGAAGAACUCAACAACUUUGGCCACAUGGCUCUGACUUUAGAGUCCAGAACAGAAGGGACCACUGGGAUAAUUGAUGGUAGUUAGCUAGAGCUAAGAAAUUAGUGGUGAUUAAGAAGAGACCAGCAUCACUGAGGUGAAAUUUUCUGGGAAGUAUUUUCUGAGAGCACAAAGAAGCUGUGUUCCAGAGAUAGCCAAGGUUGUACCUUGUGGUGCAGCUGGACUUGGUAAUGUAUAAGAGUCACCCACGUGGUACUGGUUUUGAAGGCAUGAAGGGAUCAUGGAGAGCAGCUGAGGCUUGGCACUGUGAGAGGCCAUGGAAGGUCAUUGGUGAAGGUACAGGUUCCAGUUGAUGGCCCAGGACUGAAGGGGUCAUGCAAAGGAGUUGAGGCUUGGCACCUGUGAGAAGAGAGCCUGUGAGAGGCUAUUGGUGAAGCCUACUUACAGUGGAAGACCCCAGAGUAUUGGAGAUGCCAGUACAUGGGAUGAUCACCAAGAACAGCAGCAGUGGGGUGGAUCAACCUGAGCUUAGAGUGCUACAGAGGGCAGAGCUGGAGAAGUGACACCAGCCCUUUGGAGUAGCCUAGAAGUUCAUGUGUGGAUCCCAGACAUUGAAACAUGAAGCUGUAACAUUGAAGUUGCCUUUGAGACCCCAAGAUGUUUGAGAUACCAGAGCCAUGGGAUAUCUGCUGAGGAAAGCUGAUAACAGGGAGUGAAACCAGCCCAGGAGAAAGAAGUUUAUUGUAAUCAACAAAGAUGAAAAAGGAGUGGAAAUCUGAAGACUGCUUUGACAUCAGCCAUAGAGAUGCAUAGUUUGGAGAUUGCCCUGGUUUCCUGUAUUAUUAUGGAAUUACAGCUAAGUGAUUGAUCUUUGGACUUUUACAUUGUUGAGACUGCUAUAGACUGUAGAGACUUUUUGAAGUUGGACUAAAUGUAUUUUUCAUAAUGCUAUGUUUAGGCAUUGCCCCCAUCGACUAAUAUGUUUGAACAAACCUAUGGGGGCCAGGGAUUAGAUUGUGAUGGUUUCUAUAUGCUUGGCCCAGGGAGUGGAAUUAGAAGGUGUGGCCCUGUUGGAAUAGGUGUGUUUCCUCACCUUGGUAUAGAAGAACCAUCUCUUUCUCCCAAUUAGUACCAUAGCAGGAGACAGGUUCAGACUUCUCCAAACUACAUCAUUUAAUAAAAUCAGAAGAAUUAGUUGAAAAACAUUUUAGAGAUUUUCACUUGUUUGCCACUUUACUUCUUCUGUUCUAAGUACAUGCCAAGGGACAAAAUUUCAAUACAAACUGAAACUAGAGUCCUUCUCCAUUUACUAUUACCAAAAAAAAAAAAAAAAAAAAAA